AGCGGGAAUCAGUGGAAGGAGACUGGGAAGACCCCCGACUGUGGCUACGUUUUAGACCCUCCUGCCACCACUUGCGGUGAGGGCUAGAGUAGGGACGACAAACACCCCAGCUUGCUUUAAGUCAGCCAUUUCUGACAGGGCAGACAUCAGCGGGACUGGACCGGUCACAGGCCCUGGACCUCUUUGGUGUCCUGAGGUUUGCGGGGCCUCUGCUAGACUCCCCGCCAGGUCGCGGUUCAACAUGCCGACCUUGCGACGGAAAGCAUCCAACCCUCUGCUCAAGGGAUUUGAAGUGUGCGAUGUUCCCCUCUCGGAAAUAUGCCAGGAGAAUGUGUCGCGAGACAAGUGUAUCGAGCUCAAGUGCUGCUUUCAGAAGCAGUUGUGCUUGAAGAAAGCCGUUCCAAAGUAUGUUUCCCUGUUCAUCAUCAUGAUAGUUGUCGUCUUGGGAAUCUUCUUGUGCUUUGUAGCCUUCGGAGUCUGGCAAGAGAAAAGAAAGAAGAGAAUGGCUCAAAGACAUCAGCAGGCAGCAGGUCCCGUAGCCACACCUCAGGAGAGAGAUACCAAAAGCCUGAAGGGAUGGAAGGAAGCCACGUCCCAAGACAACACAGAAACGCAAGAAGAUGAUGAGAAUGAAAGCCAAGAAGAAAGUGAUGAGAAAGACGAGGAAGAUGAACAAGCUAGAUGGCAGCAAGAAGCCAACAGAGAAUAGAAAUAUUAAACAAAUGGAAUCAUGGGCUGGGAACUUUCCCCCUAGUCUGUAUAAUGGACUUGAAUUACUAGCCAGAGAAAAAGGUUAAAAUAUAU